CUCUGCGGAGUUUUUUACGUGAGCGGCGCAACGGAGGCGUCUGGAAGUAUUUCAGUGGGUUUUUUUUUUCUUCCCUUUCACCUAAACAGAUUAUUCUGCACUGCAUAUCUCCGUCCCGCAGAUGCGUUCGGGUUUUGCAGGGUGAAUUUCUAAGGGUUUUUCCUGUAUAUCCAGAUCCAGACAUGCAGCCUCCUCCGAGAAAGGUAAAAGUCACACAAGAGGUGAAACACACUCACACAGAGCAGCUGAGCAGACUCCAGCUCAAACACCAGACAGACUUGGACUUCCUAGAGGAUCUGAGAACAUACAGUCAGAAGAAAGCGCUAAUAGAGAAAGAUUACUCACAGGCUCUGCAUAAGCUUGCGUCUCAGUACUUGAAGCGAGAGUGGUCCGGAGCCCCAUCAGAGGAGCAGAAAGACUCCAGAAAUGUAUGGGCCGUAUGGAGAUCCUACUUAGAGGGCGUGAUGAAAGUGAGCCAGUCUCGUAUCAACGGAUGCGAGAACUACAGGAGCCAGAUCUCAGAUCCUGUGAAGAUGUUCAGAACGCAGAAAGACCUUCAGCUGAAGAAGUGCUGCGAACAGCUGGCAAGAGCUCAGGCCGAUCUACAGGUCACGAUCAGAGACCUGGAGAAGAGCAGGAAGACCUACCAGGAGGCGGAACAAACAGCGCAAACUGUGAGAGAGAAAGCUGAUAUGGAGGCCAAGUCAAAGCUCAGUCUGUUUCAGUCACGUUCCAGUCUGAAGAGGGCGAGUAUGAAGCUGAAAGCCAAGAAGAACGAAUGGAAGUCCAAAGCCACACAAACAAGGAAUGAUUACCUGCUUACACUUUCAGCCACUAACGCUCAUCAGGACCGCUAUUAUGAGACAGACCUGAUCAGCUGCAUAAGAGUUCUAGAUGGCAGUUUCUACGAUCAUGUACAGAGUUUUUUGAUUUCACUGUGUCAGACGGAGCUUGAGACAUCUCAAAGCAUUCACGACACUUUUCAGUGCCUGCUGGAGACGUCCAGUGGGGUGACACAGGAUAUUCACCAACAGAUAUUCAUUCAGGACAACCCAGGGUUUCAGAAAGCCGCCCCCUUUCAGUAUCAACCCUGUGAAAAUGAUUCGGUCAGGGAACUGCUGAAGGAGAGUGGCACGGCUGAAGAGCACAGUCUGAAUAAAGAAGCAAGGAAAUGGGCCACUCGUGUGGCUAGAGAGCACAAGAAUAUCAUCCUUACACAGCGGACUCUUACGGAGUAUGAAGAGUCACAUCAACAGGACCAGAAUAAUAACGAGUUGGAACUGAAAAUGGAUGAUGCAAGAGAAUGCAUUCGGAAAUCAGAGACGGUCAAACUAAAGGCAGAGGCUCGUCUGAACCUCCUCAGAGAUGUUGGUGUGGCUGUAGACGUCUGGCUGAAGAGCGCCAUGAACCAAGUGAUGGAGGAACUGGAGAACGAGAGAUGGGCCGCCCUCAAUACCCACGAUGCAUCAUUCUCUCACUCUGUAGAUUUUGACAGAGAAGACGAAGAGGACACGGAGACGCUGGACGACAGCAGCUCCAGCCCCUCCAGCACUCACAGGAACUACCCUCUCACCUGCUCUGUGCUGUACUCCUAUCAGGCAUCCCAGCCUGACGAGCUCACUAUCCAGGAACAGGAAAUAUUGGAGCUUAUUGAUGAUGGAGACAUGGAGGACUGGGUUAAGGCUAGGAACAGAGCAGGGCAGGUGGGAUACGUGCCAGAGAAAUAUCUGCAGCUCCCGACUUCCAGCUCUCUACUGAGAAUGCUCCAAUCUUUCCCCAGCAUGGACGCCCAAUCGCACACCUCCAGCACUUCUGCAGAACAAGAGCCAGAAAUAGAGACACUCACCCAGAGCAGCCCGAACACUCAUGGGAGCGCUGUGAAUCUGGCCAGGGCUCUGUAUGCCUAUGAGGCUCAGACAGAGGAUGAGUUGUCUUUCCCAGAAGGAGCUGUUAUUUGCAUUCUCAGCAAACACAACCAAGAAGAUGAUGGGUUCUGGGAGGGCGAGUUCAACGGCGCCGUGGGCGUCUUUCCUGCAGUAUUAGUGGAGGAUCUGAGCAGACCGGAGAGCGCACGAACACACAAGAGCAUGAACAUGCAGGUGUCUCUGUCAGUUCUGGAUCAAGCAGUCUAUCCAUCCUGUAGCAGUCCAGAGUCCGUCCCGCUGCCAUCUUCGACCAGCACACUCACUUUAAAUGGCUAUCAAACCCAAGAACUACCCAAAAUGUCCAGCCACAGUCACACCCACACCCCAUCACCCAGAUCCCCAGGAGAGGGCGGGUCGGGCCUGAGACCUGUAAGAGCUGCUCCUCCUCCACCCAAACAGCAGGCACAGGGCCAGGUGCAGAAGAGAGAAGAGGUGGAGAUCACACUGGUUUGACGCACGCUCUGGGACACAUUUUACAAAUUGACGUUGCCAUGCUCGGAUGCACUGCGUGAAUUUGGUCUGGGAUGUUCUGAAACUUCUUGAAGAUGCACAAGCUGAAGAGUAUUUAAGUGGUUCCGGACCUACACCUUUAGUUUGUUUUUGACAAGGCCCAAAUGUGUUAAUGAAUGGACAUGCAAAAGCAAGCUUUGCUAGAGCUACAAGAGACUUCAAAGGGAAAAGUGGCAAUUUCAGUGUUGACUUUGUAUGUACGAUUAUGUAUUCUGUCCAUAAACAAUUUUAGGGCUAACAUGUGUAGAUGCAUAGUUUUAGCUAAUCUGUACCUUUAUUGUCAGUAUUUUAAUAAUCUGAUCAGUUAUUAUUUUAAUGAAUACUCAUAUAAUAUUUUGUAGGUAUUGUACAUUUUAUGUGACUAAACUCAACCUGGGCACUUUAGAUUUAGUUUUUAAUGCAUUCCAGUAUUUUCUUUUGGAUAUCGUUGUUUUCUUUUGGUCGUCAUUUUCUUCAUGUGCCUUAUAAUCUUAAAAGAGACAUGGCUUAGUUUCACAGUAGGCUAUUCAUGUUUAAAAAAAAAAAAAAAAAAAAAGUUCACCAAAAAUGAGAAUCUUUUCAUCUUUUAUUUAUCCUUAUUCCAAACGUGUUUGACUGUUUUUACAGUGGAGUACAAAACGAAAUAAGUACUUGAUCAUUUGUCAUUGCGUGGGAAAAGUGAUGGGAGAAUAUAUUAAUGUUGUUUUGUGUUUUGUAUUGUCUAAAUGUUCAGGUUUACACAGUUUUGUGUCUCAGGAUAACGCAUAAAUAUGUUCCUGUCAGAUUUCGUGUUCUUCGAGAAGCUGCCUCGGGCACUUUUUUUUGGUCAAAGCUAAAAUAAAAUCAUUCCAGUCAGCUUGUGAAUUGGACAACAAUGAAGUUGAUUAAUUGUUCGGUUUCUGUAACUACGAACUCCGCAUAUUUGUGUUCAAAUCGGGUUGGAACGGUUUAACUCGUGCUAUUCGCUUCUAAUUAUUGUAUAAAACGUAACGCAUUAUAUCACAAAACCGCAUUUGUUAUCAAAUUAUUGCAGUUUAUUAUAAAUAGCUUCCGCGUUCCAAAACAAGGUGUAUAUGUGCCUGUAAAUGAAGCGGGAAGAGAACUUGACGUGCGUGCAGUCUCGGCGGUUUUCCGUUUUAGCCUGAAGUCAAACACUCACUGAACCCUCUAACCACAUUUUUAAAAACGUCUUUUUUCAUUCUCUGCAUAGCGGGAUGUGCUUAAGACACGUGCUCGUGCUCGUGCUCUUGUACAGUUGUGCACGGGCCAAAAGCCGGUGCUUUGGAACACGUACUGCACAAACUUGCUUGAAUUUUUUUUUUUUUGCAUCCAAAAAUGAUAUGGAUAGCGUGUUUGCAGGGGUUUGUGCACUUGAUUAACGUGCGAUAUCACGUGACGAAAUCAGGACGCUCACAAACAAGUCACGAAUUUUGAGUGCAGUAAAUUCUUUUACAUUUUUUUUUUCCACAAUAUUGUGUUUAAAGAUUAUUUCGAGAAUUGAGACUUUUGGUUAACGCUUCGCACUUCUGAAAAGAGUUGCUAAAAAAAAAAAAAAAGGUCUCGAUUGUGAGAUAAAGUAUUGCAACUAUGUUAAAUAGAGGUUUCUGCCAUGCGAUCAAAGGUGCAUCUCUUGGAGAGAACAGUCACAUUUGUUUAAGUUCUGCUUUCAUAUCUAAUAAAAUUUAAUGAUACACAAACCUGGAGGAUUGGGAUUUCCAUUAGACACUUUAAUACAGUAAAAAACUCAGCAACAUACAGCAGUUAAUGUAAAUAGAAAUUAAAACACUGUAACCUUGUAAAUAAUUGUGCGUCCAUAAAAACACAAAUGCCAUAAUAAGUUCCAUCACUUCAUAGUUUUUUCCCCCCCCUUUAGGGAUAAAUAGAGUUCACAGACAGCCACCAGAAAUAAAACAGUUCCUCUGGGUUUAUGAAAGGCAGCUCAGUCGUUCACUGACUUCCCAAAGCUUUUUGGCCAUCGUGUCAUCUUUGGCUUUGUCACAGA